AUGGAGACCAGCGAAUAUGAAACGAAUACUCUGUCGAUAAACAACAUCGCGUCGAUAGCCUUUCGCAUUUACGAGCCGUCCAUAGACCAAUCGCAUAGCUUCCAAUCAUCCGCCCUUGAGAUUCAAAGUACACUUCGUGACCAAGGAAAGUUAGUCUCGUACGACACCGACCGAGGAGCGAUAUGGAUCUUUCAGAUCACCAACAAAGAUGGAGCAAGCAAGGCUGUCAGUUUUGGCUCGGGUGUCAGUCUUGAAGCUUGUGGCUACACGCUGGGAAUGGUCGAGGAGGGCACACUCGAACCUGCUGCUUUACAGAAGAACCGCAUCCCUGGCAACACAACACAAAAUGCUGCAACAAACACGGCCGCAAUCACAUCUCCAGCUGAACCGCAUCAGCGCAACCCCCUAAUUUCACCUACACAAACCGUGGGGACUCAAGCAGAAGGAGGCGUUCAACUUCCGGCUCAGCCUGUCGACACCAAGACGACACAGCCAGUACCCAAGAUUAUAUACGAGCAAUUCAUCAUUGCAGUAAUUUCCGCGAUAACAUUUGCGUUUUGUAGCCAAUCUAUGGCGGUUCCUCUCAACUACAGGACAAUAUUAAUCCCACCGUUGCAAGCCGAUAGAAACGAACAUGAAAAGGAUUCUUUGCAGGCCGAUCCUGUUAUCGGUACAUUCAAAACUUAUCUUACAACCACAGGUUCUCUUGUGGUCAGUCUUUACUUCUCUUAUUGUCAGAAUCUGGCUACGGUGGAAGAUGUUCUUUCUGGAGAUUCCACUUCGUCGAGCGGUCCGAUAUUAGCUGCCCCUUAUGGAGUUUUUGCUACGAAAUCCAGCUUUUCCAACGGAGACGCGGACCGGAGUCUUGUACAGACGCCGAACACACAAGCUUUGAGCGUCAGAAGUUUCCCAGACGCAAAUGAUUCACUCUGGAAACAUUCGUGCCUUAAAGCCCUCGAAUAUUGUGGACUUAAUCCGUCUAAUUUCAAAGCGGGCUCAUGGGUCAAUCUUCUCAUCAUGAAGCCGACCUCGCAGGAUGUAGAUGGAGAGCAGAAGCGACUGCGUGCCACCGUUCCAUGGCCAGGAGCUCUUUGCUUUCGCAAGAAAUUAUUGGAGGUAUCGACGACUCACCGUGUGGGAAAUACCAUGCUGAGUGGCCACGAGGAAUGCCACGAUCCUUUGGGUGAUGCUCGUGGAUGGUUUGCUGGUACUUCUGAAAGGGAAGAGAGAGUUUCCAGGCGAAAAGCCGAGCGUGCCCAUACUGCCGCAAAAGAGGUCAAUGUUGCUAACCUCCAAGCUCAAAGUCUCAACGGCCAAUCUCCACUAUCAGUACGGCGUCCAAGUACGGCCGCUGCUGGUGUCAUGUAUCCGACUCCUCCUGACGCUAUCCAACAGCACCUCGGCGUUACUCCUUCUAUAGACGGGGCGACCUCCAGUCCUAAUAACCACCACCCAACUCUUGCAGUUGUUGACGCAGAUGCCACGAUGCCGACAGUAACAUUGAUGGCUGACGUUGACCAUGAUACGUGGGACGGUGGCCAUGAACAAAAGAGAGAGCGAAGCGACAGUAACUUGCUUGGCGAUACCGAUGAUAUAAUGAACGGUAUGGGCGGAGAUGUAUUUGGUGAUCAUGAUGUGACAGAAGACGACUUCAACUUUUUUGAUGGACCUGAUGGCAACGAUAUGGAUAUCGACAUAGCCGACUUACAACCAAUUUCGCAUCCACCACCCCCUCAAGCGAUACCCCCUCCAGCAAUACCUCCUCAAACGAUACUCCCUCAGGCGAUACUCACUCCAGCAAUGCCCCCUCAAGCGAUGCCCCCGCCGAUGAUCACGCAACCGCAACCCCAGAAAGUUAUCGAGCCAAAGCCCAAUAUCAAGUCAAAACCCAAGACCCAUGAACCUGUUUUUGCGAAGCCAGAAUUAAAACACGCCAGGAGCUCCCUCAAUGAUGAGAUCAACCACAAGGUCAAGACUGAACGGUCAAAUUCCAACAAGCGAGGAUCCAGCCCCUUUGACCCAGAUACUGUGUUCAAGCGAGUCAAAGCUUCUCUGGCUAGCCCUACGCAGGAGAACUUCACCUUUCAAGCCCCUCUUCGGCGCAAGAGUAGCAUUUUUGAGAAAGUCGAGUUUGACCCUAAGAUCCCCCUGAUCAACAAGAAGUACGAACACGGCGGUGCAUUUGACUUUUCAAAGGAUCAGGGCAGUGGGGAAUUGAAGCGUGAUACUGAAGGCCUUUCCAGAGAUGAAUACCUUGAACGACAGGGGAAGAUCAAGCCGGAUUCCAAGACCCUCUCUGGUGUGUCUUUGAUCAGAAGCUUGACUGGCGUAGACGGAUCUGCUAAUUAUACAAAUGCCCAAAAAUCGAACGGCAAUGCAUCCUUCUCCGAAGAUAGUGAUGUCGAUUCAGAGGCGGAUGACCUAAGUUCAAUCUCUGGUGGCCCUAUGUCACCGAUCAAGUCCAGCGUGAAACGGACAGUUGUGGAUGAUGAUGCACUUUCGCAAGCCACAACAUCGCGCGAGGCAGACCUGAUAGACGAUGCCACUGAAGAGCAGUUUGCGAUCGAACUACCCAAGCUAUCAAAGACCGAGUCACCAGAACUGCCGCUUCAUCGCUUUUUUUCGGAUCCGGAGCCUCUCAAUGCAGAAGUGGGACUUUCUAACCUCGAGUUCGUUGAGGUUGCACAAAUUGUCACCGAACAAGCUGCCACUGGCCGACUUGAUAUCGGUAUUGAUCACAGGAAAGAGUCUGCUGCACUUGCAACAAUGAAAGGUCAUGAGCUCAAUGUUGCCCGUAGUUCGCUCCAGCUCCUUCACAACAUUAUUCCCUCGAAUUUAGGAAGCGCUAUGGCGGUACGAUUAAAAGGAUUGCUUGAGAUACUAGACCUACCACUCGUGGGGCAGCCAAAUCGCAUGCAACCCCGACCGAUACCUGGCAGGGAUACCAAUGUCGAGCAACUACGGGCCAACAACCUCUACCAGAUUCCAGUACCUCACCUCGAGGUUCGCAGAUCGGAAACGAAACUAUCCGUACUUCCGUCAUCUAUCUCUUUCUGGGAAGGUCUUGGACUGUCACCUUCGUGGGGCGCAAAGGAUGUCACUGCCCUUUGCAUAUUUCCUGGCUGGAAGGGAAUGCCAGAUCACGUCGGAAGUUUUCUCAGCCGCUCAAAGAGUGUAUAUGAAUCGCUGAAGCUAGGUACCUUCAACAACCUGCCCUUAUCUGGAGACUGGGACGACGGCAUUUUGCCUUAUGAGGUCGAUAGGAUCUCAACCUCACCUGACGCAACUGUUACUGGUCAUGGCUCCUCUCUAGUGGAGAGCAUGGAAGUGCUCCGAAGCUCUCUAUCAGAAUUGAAGUCCAAGGACAAGAAUCUGGUCAUUUACUUCGUCUACUCACCUGACAAUCCCGCCUCUAUCAUCGAAGCUUGCACCGCUUUCUACCGCUGCUUUGAUGAGUAUAGUGAACUCCUAGCAGCUCGCAAAGAAUCUCCGCAGAACGAGCUGGUUUUGCAGCUUGUGUCGUCGAACCUGAUAUCAUCAACGACAUCUCUAGUUGUUCCAACUCCCGCAGAAAUGAUCAAACUCUGUGUAGAGACUUACGACAGAUGUACGCUGUUUCUGGCCCCUGAAUAUGGCGGUCCUACCCCUGCACCUGCGGUCAUGCUUGAACAGCCUCCGCCUCGAAUGAUUGACUUCAAGUUGACUACCUCGCCUUCUCAAUCCCUUAUGCACGAAAACUCAUGUAUUCAUGUGGGCUACGCUGAAAGCCUUGAUGGUCGAUGGAUCACGGCUGCAUGGACAGAUAACCGUGGGCAACGACAAGCCACUGCAUCUUACUCGAUUACGCGGAGCAGAACCCCUGACCGAUCUGCUUCCCAGCACAAAGCGGCCAUCAUAACUGAAAUCUGGGCGACGACGUUGAGCAUGAUAUCGAUAUGGAAAGUUCAAUGGCGAGUAAUCAUUACCAGAGCCGGACCGAUGGAUCAGAAAGAGGUUGAGUGGUGGCAAGCAGCAUCAACACUCGAUGACAAGUACUCUUUCACGAUGAUCUUGAUGUCGGUUGACACUAGUCCAUCCCUACAACUUGUGCCUCCCGUCGUAAAGAUUCCUCAUGCGGCAACUUCGGCAUUCUACUCAACACCCGUGUCCACGCCGCAGGCUAACAUUGUCUCGCCGGAGCAAACAACGACUCCAGCAACUCCUAUGCGGGAAAAUACCCUGGCUGCCACUCCAGGUGCUGAGAGUGUCACUGAACCAGACGCCGAUUCUUUCUUGAUUGACGCCACUGACCAAACAUGGGGCGCCAUCGCUGCACAUCGGUUUGGCAACUCUACUACACUUCUUGAAGUACGACCUGCGCUUGCCAGUGGUUACUUGAUCAAACGGACGGGAAUCAAGAUUGAAGAUCCUCCAGUCGUGAUGGAAGUCAACCUUGUUCAUACAGAGGCUACCCCACGCGCAUACGAGCCUCUCCUAAGAGAGAUGCUAUGCUACUUUAGGGGUCUUGGUACUUUGGCCCGUGCUAGAGGCGUCACAGAUCGUGAGAUGGAUGUUCGGCCUUGGCAUAUCGCAGUAGCUGAGAAGGGCGUACGAGCGCUGCAUCUUUUGUUAUAA